UUAAAUGAGUUCUUUUAAGCAUCACCACACUGCGAACCUUAUGCCGAACCCUAACCUUAAAUUAAGGCCAAAAAACACAUUUUUGUUUUCAUGUAGUUUUACGAUAUUGACCAUUUAAACUUUGUGGCUGGGGUAACUAUAGUGAAAUCCCUCUCCCAGGCCGACGCGCGUAGCCAAACGGAACAUCAGAGAGCAUAGGGCUGGCGUCUCCUGGUAGUACAUCUAUCAGGUCUCGAGCACAUAAAGUCCAAAAGAGAGGGACUAAAGGAAAUAAAGACAAUAGGGGCUCCCUUGCAGGAAGAAGGAAUCUCCCAUCGUUUUAAACCUGGUUCCAUUACCAGAGAGGACACACGCGGGUUUAGCGUUUUACCGAGACGGAUUAAUAAAACGCCAGACGGAUGUUCGCGAGGAGGGGUGGUCCGCUCUGAAGUUGGAGACUACUGCCUACCGAAUACGGAGAGAGGAGAGAAGCGCUUUUGUUUUCCCGGUGAAGGCUAGCGCCCCCCGGCCACAGCAUGAAGCUGCCGCCUUGUUUCGUGGCGCUCAUCGCGGCGCUGCUCGUUCACUCCGCGCUGGGUCAGACCUGGGUUCCAUCAGAUGAAGAAAGUUCUUCCAGAGAUGAGUUCUAUGACGAUGAAGACCUCGUCUCAGGCUCUGGAUCUGGCUUUCCAGAGAUGAAGGUCAACCCUAUAGCGGUGGGCGUAUCUUUCACCACGGAAGCGCCCCUCCCCUUCUCUACCACCCAGGCCACUGGCCCCGCCCCCUCGGCCCCACCUGUAGCCGAGCCCAGCCCUAAAGUUGACGUCCUUCCUACCCCACUACCCACUGAGGGAGAGGGGGAGAGAGUCCUUCCUACCCCACUACCCACUGAGGGAGAGGGGGAGAGAGUCCUUCCUACCCCACUACCCACUGACGGAGAGGGGGAGAGAGUCCUUCCUACCCCACUACCCACUGAGGGAGAGGGGGAGAGAGUCCUUCCUACCCCACCUCCAACUGAGGGAGAAGGGGAGAGCGGGGUAGAGUGGGAGAGAGAACAAGAGAAGGAGAGGGAACAAGAGAAGGAGAGGGAACAAGAGAAGGAGAGGGAACAAGAGAAGGAGAGGGAACGAGAGCGAGAGAGGGAGAGGGAACGAGAGAGGGAGAGAGAACGAGAGAGGGAGAGAGAACGAGAGAGGGUGAGAGAACGAGAAAGAGAGAGGAUACGGGAAAGAGAAGGUGAAAGAGAGAAGGCGAGAGCCGCCCAGACUACCAUUUCCCCCCGCGGCCCUGCAGCUCUUCCCAUGGCAACCACCAGUUUGGCGGCGACUCCGGCGGAGAGUGCAGCGCCCUCUAGCGGCGUGGAGGACCUGGGCACCACAGAAGAAGAGGACGAGGAUGUUUACCUGUCCCCAGACCCCACCACCAGUUUACUUAUGGAGACCACCACAGAAGAAGAAGAAGAAGAAGUGACCACUACUGAGACAGAGACCACACCCAUCCCAGAGACAACAGCUCCACCCACUACGACUGGCCCAGCCCCAGCUGAGAGGUCUAGCUCCGCCCCCUUCAGGCCCAGGGUUCCUGUGACCUUGCCUACUAAAGCUGCACCCACAGAGAAGAGCACACGUCCCCAGCCACCCUCUACGACGAAUAAUGAGUUGGGGGUUAACGGACCCAGUGGAGACUUUGAGAUCCGUGAGGAGGACCGUCGUCAGGGAAACGAGGUUGUUGGGCGUGGUGUGGAGACGGGAGCAGAGCCUGAUCUGAUUGGCAACACGAUCAACACGGGAAGUUCUGCCGCUCAACUUCCUCAGAAGAACAUCCUGGAGAGGAAGGAGGUCCUGAUAGCGGUGAUAGUGGGGGGCGUAGUGGGGGCUCUGUUUGCAGCGUUCCUGGUCAUGCUGCUGGUGUACAGAAUGAAGAAGAAAGAUGAAGGCAGCUACACGCUGGAGGAACCCAAACAGACCACUGUCACCUACCAGAACCCUGACAAACAGGAGGAGUUCUACGCAUGAGAGAGAGAGAGAGAGAGUGAGAGAGGGAAGGACAGGGAGAGAGCGAGAGGGAGGCACGGGGAGAGAGGGAGGGAUGGGGAGAGAGAGAGGGAGGGGAGAGAGCGAGAGGGAUCACUCCACCUCCUGUCUUGUCGCCUCACCUCUCCUUCCCAUCUCUUCCUCCCUCUCCCUCAUGUCAGUUGUUGUUAAGAGUGCCUGUCUCCAUGGACUCCGAACUUUCUUUAAAAAAUUAAAAAAUUAAUGAACAAAAAUAUAUAAGUUGAAAAAAUAACCAUAAACACAUGAUAUAUACAUUUGUUUUUUAAAGUAAAUGUUAUGAAUAUUAUACAAUUAUUGUUCUGA